CCCCAGUCGUCAACGACAGUAUCUAUCACAGUGGACAUCAGUGUCCAUUCUCAAAGCUUUAUGAUCUUUUCGGUUUUACUAUUUCCAUUACUACUAACUAGCUCCUCGAAAACGAACUUCGGCUCUACGUCCUUGCUAUGGCUCCUGCGAUAGAAGUUUACCUUUCAUCUCAUCGCACCAUAGCUACGGGCAAUAAUUGACGUUGACGGCUGAAGAAGUUUUCUAUGAAAAAAUACACUUAGGCUGCGUGUGUACAAUUUUGUUCUUUGUCGUAAAUCGAGAAUUGAAUAGAAUGGAGCGAACUCCAAGUCGUAAAUGAAAGUGGUAGGAGCUCGUUAAGGAGCACUAUAGCAGUAGCAGUACAGCAGUUGGCCAGCUUCUAGAUUUAUUGUGGCCUAACUCUACUGUUGUAUUUGUUUCAAAAAUUUCGAUGGCUUUUUACUCAGACACUCAGCGUACGACACUUUGACAGCACUUUGUUUCUCGACUCUGUCAUGAUAAUUUCUUUAUUUUCGAAAAUUCUCACAACGAAAACCGGAAUCUUACCUGAGGCCUUUUACUCAUCUUGAUGCUCUUUUAUUCAGAUCGGCAGACGAGGUUGUGGCGCUUCGUUUUCACUUUUUCUUUUUAUUUCAACCGAUAUAUUCUGUACUUAGCGCCACCUUGAUGAAUGUGGGAAACUUGGAUGAGUUUAAUCAUCACUGCUACUAUUCUCAUCAAGAAUUUUUUCGUGAGGGCCUUGCCUUCUUCUCGGUAUCACGGUUUCAGCAGUUGAUAAAUUCAUUGAUGAAAGGAAACAUUUUCCUGUACCGGAAAGAACAGAAAUAGUGACUGUACAAAUCAGUCGCCCACCUCGCCGCCGAUGCCUCUGAAGAGGGCUAAUUCUCGAGAUGAGUAUUGAUUUACAAGAGAUAUGCGUCGAUUAGGCGCUUCAUUCAGAUAUUAAAGCCCUUGGACUUGUAUACUUUUUUACAGAGGAUAAAAUUAUUUCGAUUAGUUACCUCCGCCUCACGACCAAAAACUGUAAAACCUCGAAAGCGACGCGCGAAAGAGCAAAGAAAGUAGUCCUGGGUACCACGGUCGCGCAAGUGGUCGAUCGUCCACCUCUUUCCGUGCCAGGACUUCUGCCCUAGUGCUACACGACCAGCUGAUUAAGCAAGCAGCGACAGAAACUACGGCAAGAAAAAUCUGACAACUACCAAUCUACCUUCCUAUAAUUAUCCCAUUCUAACUUUAGUUUAUCUUCUACGAUUUUGGACGUAACAUCGAUCGUAUUCUGGGGCCGCCGCGCGCCGAGUUUUUCUCGUUUUCUAGUAAAUUGAAAGCGAUAGAAACUAGAACUUCUACCCUCGUCUGUCUACGAUAGUACAAACGCGCUUGGGUAAUAACACAAAUUUACUAUCACGUGUUUAUGUCACCAAAACCGCCACAGAAUUGUAUUAAAACUUUCCUUUUCAGCCUCAAUCAAAGCAGGUCGUUUCUGCGAUCUGUCGGGGACGAAGCAAACUAGAGUUUUCAUCUCCGCUUCUCUCAGCUCCUUACCUCCAUUGAUUUUCUUUUACCUACACUAUUAGCUUACUAAAGUACAACAGAUUGUACUACACGGCCCAUUAGUUCGUUGGUGUUUUCGACUUCUUUAUACCGAGUGGCUGCUCGAAAUAGAUAUUUAUUUUCACGAUAGAAGUCGUCGUGUUGGAGUUGGAUAUUAGCAUUUCAGAUUCAUUUUCAUCCGUUCACCCAGAACCACCGCGAAGGCCGCGAAAGAUGUUGCCGCGUCUGCUGAGUUGGCCUGCUACACGCAGGGCUUCAACCAAGACGGGGGCAUCGACUUCGACCUUUGUCUGGGUCAACAUUUUAGUUCUCCUCAACUGUUUCGCACUACAAGACGUUUCUACUUUUCUGGCUUCUACUAUUUCGAUCUUCAUCCAGGAGGAUUUUUUGCAGGUGGACUACGACACAGCCGCGCCCCGGUUCUUGUGUGCUAGUGGUUCCACUGCAGGAGUAGUAGUUCCACCUGCGAUCGGUAAUAUUCAAGAAGAUUUUUGCGCCAGCAGCUCCACAACGCUGACGAAAAAGAGCUCGUCCGAUGAUUUUUCCACAAAAUUUUUCGCUAUGGCCGCUCAGCUCCUUCCCAUCUCGGAGGAGAGGACGGACGAGGACGUGCUACUAAACUGAAAAAUGUCUGCAGCUAAAAAAAUCAAAAUUUUUGCAUCCUACAUUUUCGGGCACCUUCUUGUGUGUUUCUUUUUUUUCACAAUGAAACGAAAUCAAGGAAAUGGGCAGGCCAGGUAUUCCGGCACGGCCUCGGCGGACGAAGCAGAGGAGACAGCUCAGCCACCGGGGGACUCGGUGCUUCGCUAUCGGUGGACGUCGUCCACCCGGGUUCGCAGUUGUAGGUCUUCAAGUUCCCGCACUCCCUCCUGAUUCCUGACGAUUUACCUAGUGAGUGUCUUGUUUGGGAAUGAGUUGAAUUUGCUGAAGCAGAGGCUCGCUUUUGGUUCAAACCUCGCGGCCUCGGAGGAGGUCGACUCAGGGAUGAGCUCAAGUUGCAGGCUUCUGCCUGCAAAUUGAGCUCGAUUCAGGUCGGGGCAAUGCGAAAAGGGCGGCCAAAAUUUGUCGCCCCGGAGGUCCGCGACUCGGGAGGGCUCCGAAGAGGUGUCCGAGGACACCUCAUCUGGAGGCCAAUUUCGGAGGUGCAGAGUUUUUUGGCGGCGCAGACAAACACGAGCUAUCUGCCCCACUUUCCCCCCCUCGCGCCAAAAAACUCUGCACCUCCACUUGGCGACCUCGUUGCCGAGGUGCAGAGUUUUUUCGCGGAGCCACGUUUUGCAUCAAAAAUCUGAACCCUCACAGCACGGCAUUCUGCUGAUCCAGGGGCUCAGAUUUGUGACCUGGCCCGGAGAGCGAGCCCAAGACGGGUCAUAAAAGAAGGCCAUUUGUAAUGCGAAACGCGCAUUACAAAUUGCCACUUUUGGGGGAAGGGGCUCUGCGCCCAAGCACCUCUCGGAGGCUCGCGUCAUGUUGUUAUCUUAGGUGCGAAACUUCCCCGAAAAAUGGCAGUCGGAAGCCCCUACCUGUUGCCGCAUUUCCGUGUGGAGCUAGCAAAUCAAGCGCGUGGGGGACCUUCGAGCAAAUGACGCAGGAAUGGAGCGCAACACCUCGGCCAAGUUCCCCAGCACGGAGUCCGCAGCGCUCGCAAGCGGGCUGCAGUCCGGGCCGCGAGAAGAGAAGAACAAGAACUGCACUACCAAAAAUUUUGAUUUUUUUAGCUGCAGACAAAUUUCAAGUUAGUACCUUCCCAUCUCGGAGGAGAGGACGGACGAGGACAUGCGGUAUUUUUUGAAGCACAUGGAGCACCAGGCGAUUUCUGAGGACGCCGUGGACCAUGGUAUUAACAGUGAUGUGGAUAUGCAUUGCAGAUAUCGAUCUGGGUCUGGAUGGAUUCGAAUUUGUGAUGCAAAUUCUACAUCAUCGAACAAAAUCUGCCAUGCUGCAUGUUGGUCAGAAAAAUAAGGUGGCCCCACUUCCUGUUAGAGCCCGUACGAUUAAUCGACCCCCUUCUCGAUACCGAGAAGGGGGGGGUAGGUGCGGUCGGUCAUCCGGCCGUCGCAAAACCUCAGCGAUUUACUCCGAUCCAAAAUCGGACUUCAAAAAUCCAAAAUGCAAAAUCGGAACUCCCCCGUCCACCGCGCCAAAGAUGGCAAAUUCAGAAAAUACGGGCGCGGGGUGGUAGUGCGGUUUUACUUUUUUCUCUUCUUAGUGGAGCAGAAGCUCUUCUUCUUGGUGUGGUUUCUAAAAAGGUUCUGACUUUUUAGAAACCACACCACCACCAACAAGAAAGAGAACGGAGUCGUAAAUGAAAAACUGCGAUCCGCAAGAAGCGCACCACAAAAGGAAUAGGUGCGAAAAAGUUUGAAUUCUAAAGCCCCGCCACACAAUGCCAAAUAAGAGGCCGACAGCAAUUGGCCAGGGGCGCAAGCAAGCGGUUGCUGCGCUUUAUUGGUUUUUUUUGUCGUAGAGAGCGACGCGUCCCCCAUAGAGAGGACAACACUCGAGAGAAGCGUAUAAAAGAAGGCCCGAUUGAAAAAGGGGCCGCAGGUUGCGAAAAAGAUUUCCGGGAUCUACUUGGGGCGAGAUCUGUUGUCUUACUGCGUGCGCGCAGGGUGUUUCUAUUGCGAAGUAGCUGCGCUACAACUGCUCUCCAAAAAGCGACUCCCGAGGGGCCCGGGUGAAGAAGAACCACCCUGGAAGUCGAAAACUUUAACUUUUUGAAUUUCCGCCCGGGUUUUUCCCCAUGGACUGGGUCGAGAAGAAUCUUUCCCGAGCACGUCUUUGGAGAAAGUUUAGUCCCGCUUGGAAAUUCCAAAUGUUUUGAAUUUUCACGCGGGCUUUGUUUUCUCCACCCGACCGCACGCGAAAGCUUUUCCUCGAGCAAGUCUUUGGAAACAAGCCCGCUUGAAAAUUGCAAAUUUUUUGAAUUUCCAAGACGGCUUUUCUCCGCCCAGCCGCUUGGGUGGAAAAAGGCCGCCUGUAUAGAGCGGGUAGGUUUGCGCAAAAGCCCCGAUGCCCCCGGUGAAAGUGCAGCUUGCUUCUACCCCGUCCGGGGCUGGAAAAAUUGAAAGCGGGCGGAGCCCCAUUCGCUGCGCCAUUCUCGUAGGUCGCUUGUUUCAUUGAUUCUAGUGGCGCUAUACUUAUGCACGCACUGGGGCCAAUUUGUAUUUUGUCCGUUCAUAAGCGACUUCCUUAGGGGGAAUGAAGAGGGAAUAGUAAAUAUAAAGUUAAUGAUUGUAGUCCUUAACUAUGUCGGAUAAAUCCGGUACAUUCUCGGAUUAAUUUGAUACAUGUCUCGGAUUAAUCUAAAGUUGAAAAAUUAUUUCGUUGUUUUUUUCAUCUUGUCGGAGGUCGGUGGCGAAGCGUUGUGGUGUUGUUUCGGAUGGUCGGUCUGAACUUGAUGGUCUGCUCCGAGACGCGAAAAACAUGGAGACUUCUGUUCAAAAUUAAUACUUUUCAAACCACAGUCGUAAUGUUGUCGAAGAUCAGAGGUAGGUGGAAGCGAUGCAAAACAGUGUGGCGACGUUACAACUCGGCGUGGUGUUGCGGCGGUGUGAUGGUCGAAUUUGUUUCAACAACACCAAGAAAAUGAAAGUAAAACGAUGAGCAAGAUGAAAAGGAACUCAAUGAACGAUAGUUGCUGUGCAUUUUUUUUGUUUAUGCAAAACAGAAACGACACAAAAAGCGAAAUAGUAGGAAUUGCACAAGUUGCAUUGAUACGCCCCGAGCUAGUAGGUGGUUGCUGAGUCCCCUCGUCGUAUUAUUUUUGAUUUGAUGUUCCUAAAGGUAAAGUCGAAGCUCGUCAUAGCGUGGCGCUGCUUGUGCAUUUGAUUUGGGUACAUUGAAGGCUGUUUUUUGUUUUGGUUGGUGUCGGUUGUUUUUGUCGUUGGGAAGCCAGUAGGUUUCGAUUUUGAGAUAGAGCGCAAAAGAGCGGGUAGUACUUUUCGCACAAACCAAAAGUAAAACAAUAAAACGCCAUGACACAAAUUGCAAUUGGGUUCAAGCGUCGCCGUGUCGUUUGGGAGUGUGAGUGUGCGUGGUUGCAGGUAUCGCUGCAAUACAAAUCAAAUCGCAUCAAAUCGCUGUGAAUCAAAUUCAAAGUCGCCACUAUCGUUUUGCCUAUUCAUCUGUUUUGGUUUUCUACCUUUUCAUCAUUGCAAAGCUUCUCGAAAUCGAAACAGUCAUAAAAGCAGGUCCUCCAGCGUGUUGCUUUCGUCAUCGAGCUUGCACUGCUAUAGGUAGCGAUAAUCGUUUGAGUGUCCAACUUUGCUCGUGCUAAAACUUCCGUUACUCGUCAUCGCUUCAUUCACUUUUAGCAACCUGCGUUUUUUUGGUAUUUCUAUUUUGAUUUUGUUGAUCUUGUAAUUGAAAAUGAAAAUAAAACAUUUUAUUGCUGAGCUUAUUCUUAUUAGUAUUUCUAUUUUGAAACUCUGAUUUGGAUUUCGUUUUCGAUUUCGUUUUCGCAUACGAAUACGCACUCCUUUGAGAACCAGAACUAACACAACUACUACAAGCACCAACACAAGGAAAACUAGAACUAACCUUGAGCCUCAGCAUCAAAGCUGAGGCAGAACGUGUAUGAUUAUGCGUAUGAGCUUUCACUUUGACACUACUCAUAUCUCUAUUCUAUUACUAUUUCAAUUUCUAAAUUUUGAAAAUCAAACUAAUAACAAAACGAAGUAACAGCAAUACAAAUAUUAAUAUCAAAAAGGAAAAAAUGUUUUUACCUGGUGCCAUCCGCGUGCACAUCCGCAUCCACAUCCUCCUCGGCUUUGCCCUGCUUAUUUCGUAAGCUGUUUGGCGUUGGGUUAGUUGUCUUCGUCUCGUCGCUACUGCUAUGGCGCGGACGAAGAAAGAAAUAAUCACCAUCGGCCCCACGAAGGGGCUGCAGGAGCGCAUGGAUCAGUGCAAAACGGUUGCAGAUCUUAUUCGGCUAUUGGAGUGGGCAGUAGAGAACGGAAAAACAGAAAAGGUGUUAGAAAAAACAUCUGCCCGGAAAACAAUACCGUCCAAGCAGUCUUUAGGUGUAAGCUGGAAGAAUGAACAAAAGAAGGGCGUUUCGUUUCAGGACUUUGUGAAAAACAUCUACUACAGUCGCUUCAUGCCCGACGACGUUCCGGCGGACGAGAAAGUAAAGAAAAAGUACAUGAGCAAAAAAAAGAUGAAGGAAGAGGAAGAAGAGGCCCGAAUAGCAGACCUUGCAAAAAAGAUGCAAGACAGCGGAGAUAUAGGCGGCGGUGAUCCCAACGAGCCAGAAGUCCGAUUUCCAACACUACCAGCAUCCGCAUCGAAGAAAAGAAAGUGGCUCCGGAACGCGUGGCUCGUUGGUUCGGGUCGUGGAACGGGCGGCCAACGCGCAAGACAGGUCUUGAUGGCUGCGGGGGUGGUGAAAGAUGAUCUCGAUAGCCGGAUGAUCGACAAUCGCGACAUCGCAGUUUCGGAUCAAAAUUUACGAAAUGCAUUGCUGCAGGCGAUUGCUGAAGAACGAAGUGAGCGAAUGCAACGAAAGAAAGACCGACAAGAGCAAAAGGCUUUGAAACGAAAAGCAGACAUCGCCAAACGCGGAGGUGCUGAAGAUGUAGCAGCGCAAGAACAAAAGAAGCGAAAGGCUGGAGACCAGGAGACCCAAGUGGUUGAGGACAUGGACAUUGACAUGGAGGUGGGAGCGGAGCCAAAGAGAGCUACUACUUCCAUACAACAGCAGGCGGUGCCGCAUGCAAGCAACUUCUUCAACCCAGCGACGAGCAGUAGUGCUGGAGCUGCUUCCGUACAUGCAGGAACACGCAGCGCAGGUGUAGUUGGUUCUUCGUCUUCGAGACUGGGCGAAGAGGUGGCUUCAAGCAGUUCGUCUAGUUCCAGUUGCGAAGACGAGGAAGAUGACAUCUUGGGUGACGAUUUGCCGGUAGCCGUGAUACAAAAAAGAAAGGAAGAGGAGAAAAAAAAACGCAAGGAGGUUCGGAAGCAAAUGAAAAAACAAAAAGUCCGCGCGCGCGGUUCCGCGCACAACAACAAUAAUUCCAGCAGCUCCCUCGUACCGUAUCGAAACGCUUUUGCAGAACUCGGCAUUAGACAAAAGGCGUACGAUGAAGAAGAAGACUUCGACGAACAUGAGGAAAAAAUGGCAAGUGGAAAUGCAGGCCUUCCGUUCGUACCAAAUAAAACGUCGCCAAGCUCAAGCUUCAACUUCAGUUCUUCUUCUUCGGUGAAAAAUACAAUGAAAAACUACAAAGGGCCGACCGAUGGCAACAAGCUGCAGCUUCACGAGACCGAUGUCGGUGACUUGUGGAAUUUUAAUAGACAAGAUUCGCACUCGGAUUCAGGUAGUGUCAGCCUCAAUGAUGACAACAUCCGGAGCGCGAGCUCAGUGAAAAACAAGCUCACGAAACCGCAACGCAAACAGCUUGGAAAAAGUAGUAAAAAAACGAAAGCGGCAAUCACCAGUGGAAAGGCAGGAAGCAAACAGCAACUGCAAAACAAGAAGAAGAAAAACAAACAGCAAGAUCCGGGAGACGCUUCUUGCUCAUCAUCAUCGGAGGACGAUUAUGAUGAAAAUGACUAUGCGUUGCUGGACCAGUCUGACGAGGAAGACGAGAGCGCGGUAGUCGAGGCGUACGACGAAGAACUACUGCAAGCUUUUGAAGCGUUGCCAGACAUGAGCCCGCACCUCUACGCUGACGCGAUAGUAUCGGCGCGGUCCGGAACAUCCGCCGCAGAGGCGAUGGACAUGAGGACGGUUUUGAAAAUGAUGAUCGCUCGCGCGAAGGCGAAGUACAGGAUGAAGGCCAAACGGGACGAAUUUCUGUACCGAGACGCACUGCGAUUUAUCAUACGGAUGAAGAUUUUGAAUUUUUAUGCAACUCCCGGCAUGGUAAAAGUAGCAAGAGCAGCUGACCAGAAGAAGCGGUACGGUUUUGCACAUGUAUUGCAGGACGCAGAUACACAAGAUCUAGCUGCCCAACAAAGCCAGAGCAACAGCUUGCCGACAAACAAUAACGACAGCACACAACUGACAAGCGCGCCAACACGGGCUCCAAACAGCAGCCGCCACCAUCAUCUCAAAAACAGCAAUACAGAUUCCGAAUCCGGACAGCAGCACACACAACUAGCUGCAGUUGAUACGACCAUGAUGGACGACGAUCCGCCGAAGAAAAAGGGCUUGAGCUACAAGGUGAGCGAGUCUGUUCUUCCAGUUUUCACAUUAAACAAGAAGAAUUUGAGCAGUGCCGCAAAAAGCGCUCUUUUGUCGGCGAGCAGUAACACUAAUAGUUUGGAGCUGGUAGAACAAGAAGGUGGAGAAACAGAUGAGGAGAUGCGAAGGCGGGAACGAAUUGAGUCGAGUCAUUUGAACUGGGACGGAGACCGACAGUUAGUUUACCCACCUUGCUCAGAUCCGAGCAAUGGAGUGGCGACUGAUCCGGGCCAAAAUCCCAACAGGCCACCGAAAAUAGUAACGAGGAUCGUGCCGGACAGUACCCCUUUCGGCGACGUGAAGCAGCUCAGCGCCAAGGUGUACUUAUUCAGGUCCAUCAACAACGGGCAAGAUGUGGUGAUGUAUGACUUCUCGUUGGAGCCGAUAGGAACAGAGGGCGGGUUUCUGUCGGUAGUCGACGACAUAUACUUAUUCCUUGAAAAUUAACAAUCCCUAUUCGUCACCAGCUCCAUGCUGUGUUUGUCAUGCAAAACAUGUUGCGCGUUUUGUGUUUGUCAUGCAAAAAUGGAAAAUUGAUGAUUUACUUCUUCGUGCACUUUGGAUGGGGAUGGUUAAUUUUCGGAGAAUACUGGGAGCAGGCGUGGAAGGUGGGGCUACCCCUGCCCGGGGUCUACAGCAACAUGGAGUAUGGCGGGUACCUCCCCCCGUCAAGGCCUGCUUGCAUCACAGCGUCCGAUUGUGGAUCAGACAUGGUCAAACUGGGAGACAAUACGGUGUACCUGACCGAAGCUCUUCGCUGCGAAAACAAGACGCGGCGGGUGGUAGAGCGACCGGCAGAACCGAACUGGUCACGCACGUCGAUUUUUUGCCAGCUCCAUCAUAUUAUCCUGUGCAAAACCACAAGUCAAAGUAUCGCUACUAUUAGUUGCGAACGCGAUCGCGCAUGACAAAGUGAAAGAGAAACAAAAAGAAGCGUGGACACCGUAUCCAUAGCCAUAUGCUGUGUGUAAUGCUAGGACUACUGCGGUACUUUGAUUUACAUUUUUGCAAUGCAUAGAGAUGUCGAAUUUGGGAAAAACCGCCCUGCAGUGCAUCUCUGCCGCCUAUGGCAAGAAAAUCGAGAAGACAGUAACAGCAGUGAGUAAAGUCAUUAAUAGUAUGUUUCUCACGAAGAAGGAGCUUCCCAAGCGUGCACCGCGGGAAGAUCGUGAAGGCAUUAUUCCUGUCGGUGAUGUGCGAAAACAAAAAGAGCGGCGGGACGCGCGGGCGCGAGACCAGGAGGUUGUGAUGCAGGACGUGGAGGAGUUCAUGCGCGAGGGAAAGGUCAUUCUCGACGGCAAGGCUUUGAAAGGAGACGAACUGCGGGCAUACCACGAAGCGACUGAGUCGGGCAAUCGUCUGCAGUUGCGGAAAGAUGCUGGCAAAACAGAAUUCAAUCACGACGACGAAGUGCAGGAUGCACCAAAAAAAGUGAGCCACUACGUGCGCACCCGCUGGCUCAGCUUGGCGAAUACUGUGAGUGGGCUGAUGAAACAGAAGCCCAUUCUGGCGGUGAAUAUUCCACGACUAGCAGCAGACCGGGAGAAGAAAUAUCAGAAGAACAAAAGUAGUUUAAUCAGACGCGCCUGGACUGCAGUUACCAGCGAACCGUGGUGGACUUGCAUUACCGCACUGAAGAGCUCCCUGGAUCUUUAUCACGCUGCAACCUUCCCGCUCCCCUUCGGCGAUGUGAUUUGAAGAAUGAGUCUUCAGGUAGAAGUAAAGUCUAAAGGUAAGGCAUAAUCAUGGCUGGUCUUUAUCUAUAGGAUCUGCUUCUGCAUUACAGGAAAUAGAAAUUGCAAUACAAAUAGAAAUACGAUUACGAAUUUAAAGAGAAAUAGAAUGUGGCGCAGUGGUGGCACUGCUGCUUCUGCAUUACAUUCCUGGACGACCACGCAGUCGCAGACGCUCUGGAUCUGCGUCUGCAUCUGCUUAUCGUUAAUGCAAAUGAAUAUACAAAUUAUAAGUAUGUGUGGAACUAUUAGCGUAAGUGCAUGCACAGCCACAGCUUCUACUUCGUUAUCAUUUACAUUGUGAUUUGCAUUUAGAUUUUCGAGAUUUAGAUUUUCUCCGUAGCCUUACCUUUAGCUUCACGCAAGCGAGCCUGAAGAUUACUUUUUCAUUAGCAUAGUGUCGUCCUCGACUGCUCUGCCGACGUGAUGCGGUCGCACGGCUUGUCGACUUCUGGGGCGGAUAGUUUCGAGUUGGCCCGCCACUGUGUCAAGCCGAUCGAGAAAGCCCGCUUGUGGAACCGCUUGUCGCUGACCACGAUGCAACUGGGGAACGCGAAGGAUGCCUUCGGGCGGUGCUGCUUGACGUUUCUUCGCAUUAUCGACGACCUGUUUCAUCGGCAGGAACCCUUACGGAGCUUUCCACACCGGUUGCACGGCCUCAUGAGGGGCGGCGAGGUGCGGGCUACAGCACAGGAUCUGAUCCGCCUUGGGAAACAGGGCAAACUCGACAGAAUUUCCUUCGACUUUUUCCAAGAUUUUCCCGGUGAACUACAACGAGCGGCUGAUGACGACGCGACGAUAGACGGGCCUGAACCGGAUCAAAUACCGAAUUGGUCGCCGGCCUUUGUGGCCGACCUCAAACCGCUGCUGUCCGCACUCUUCCCUUCGAGUCAGGACUGCGAGAAACUGAACUCGACGUCGACGGAGAUACACCGCGAGGUCAACACUGGAAAUUUAGGGAUGGAGUUGGCGUCGGCAAGGUACUGGGAAAAAUAAAAAAUAAAAAGCUGCUGGCUUUUUAUUUUUAAAAAAUUUUAAUUUUCAUUUCGAUUUCAAUUUCUGUUGUCAUCUAGAUUUACAUUUGCUAUGACUUACACUUUUGCAAUUAGAUCUAGUUUUCCACUUGCAUGCUAGUGCAUAUGUAAAAUCAUCGACGUGACUGAUAAUGAGCGAGAGCUAAAUGAAAAUGAUCAACAUUGAAACGCAGUACAAAACUCCAGGGGCUUCAACCGCAACAAUUACCUGGCAGCCUUUGAGCAAUUUGAGGACGCGCGCAACAAGGUGUGCUGCCCUCACGCGCGGAGGAGCGGACAAGCCAAGAAGUAUUUCACUUCCUCGCCGAUGAUCGUUUUCAGUGACGUGUGUCAUGUGAUUCAGAAGCACUUCGGCAAGGAGAACUUUUACAAUCCGGGCCGGGCAAUAACAGGCGCUAAGACAAAGAGGAAAGCAGAGUGGCCGGCAUUGUGCAUGUCGGAGACUGACAUCGUGCCGGGUACUUUGAUCUACUUCAAACUUCGGCCCGAUGCACCCAAGAUCGAAACGCAGUGGCUGUGCGUCGACUCCUGCAAUAAUGACGCGCACCUAGUAGCAGUCGACGACGUUGAUUGUACUGGAGAAUACUACGUCGAUGCAGAGCAAAAAAUGCGGCUGUCGGAACUAAUCUACAGAUACGCCGCCUGGUAUCCUCCGAAAGAGCAAGCGGAUAAAACUACGUCCGGGGAAGAGCAAAAUGAUGGCAGCGCGGAGUUUUUGCCCGAAGGAGACGAAGGUGAAAACAACAAGCAAAAAGGGAAAAAGAAAACGCAGAAAGCAGCAUCUUCAAAAGAACAAGACGUUAACAAGAGUGGGGCGGUGGUAGCGGCGUCGCACGCGGCCGGAAGUAAAAAAGAAGCGAAUAUUAUCAGCAAAAAUCCUGACGAGGACGUGCGGGAAGACAACGAAACCGAUCUGGAUGUAGAUACGAUUUUGAAAAAUAAAACUCGGAACAAGAAGAAGCAGAACGCGAACAGCUCGCAUCUUCAUACCACUUUGCUGCCGCCUAUUCUGGAGGAAGACGAAGAAGAUGAAGAUGUGCGUCCGAUGAACAACUCGACUGCCGCUGUGUCAUCAUCAUCUUCUUCUGCUGCGGUGCCAAAGCAGCUCUUGUUGCAUGGCAAAAACAACAUCGACAUCAGUAUCGGCGGAGUGGAAGUGGAGAUCAAGGAAGAGGAAACCGAGUUGGACCCGAACAGGAGGGAAACAGUUAUGGUUGACUGCGCCGUGAAUGUGAACAACCUUUCCCGGAAGCGACGGCCCACCACGUUCGUAGACAUCAACGGCGGCGUGGUGACAGACGAACAUAAACUCACACUGCGGUUGAAAAGUGCUGACUUUUCCGGUUUUUCUGUCCGACAUGAUGAUAGUGAUUCGGAUGGCGGAUUUUCUAUCUACUACGACGAGUCAGCGAAAUGGAAGAGCAGUGUGGACCAGAAGUACGUGGCGCAAGACGGGGAGACUCUCGUGGAUGAGAUGCAGACGGAGGAGCUCGCGUUGAUAGAAUACGGGAAGCGGGAAACGUGGUCUUUGUUGGAACUGAAGAAAAAACGAAAAACAAAAAAGGCCGAUCUUCUGCAGGGCUUGUUGCCUGGCGACGACGAAGGAGAAAACAAAAAAGACGACGACGUCCUCGUUGCUCGGCAGCGCAAGCAAAUGUUGAAUAAGCGGCAGCGGGAUAAGAAGUGGAAGACGUUCAACCGGAUCGAUGCACAACCAGAAAUGAUGAUAAGCAACCUGUGGAAGGCGUACAACGGGUACGCCACGUACAAUCCGGAGACGAAUGUGUGGCGGGGGUCGUGCUUACGAAGCACAAAGAAGACAUCCUAUCUGCAGUGGAGUGGUGCCGGCGAAUUAAAGACGAAAAAAAAAGCAUCUCGGCGGUGCUUUACAAAAUCUUCGCGGUUGCAGGUGUCUUUGGACAUGUGCAACUACAUCAAGGCAAACAUCGUGGGCGCAAAGGACAAACUUCCCAAAAAGUUUGUUAUGCCGACACCGGCGCAAAAGCAGAAAGCAGCGGAAGUGUGCCAGGAGUUCAAAAAGCAAGUGUUCGAAGCGGGCUCAGCGGCAGGUGACGACGGAAGCGAUUCGGAGUUGGAAAGUGAUUCAAGUUUUGGAAGCAGCAGCGGAGAUGAUGACUCAGACGGUGAGCCUUGGCGGUAGAGCUUGCAUAUGUCUCUGUGUUUGCACCUGUAGCGCGUUUGCACUUUCCACAUCACUACUCUUAAUCCUACUUGAACUGGUGCUCUUAUUGUUAUUGCGCUGACUAUGUAUUAGGAAUAUAAUAAGGAAUAAAAAUGAACGCAAAUCUACAGCGAAAGAAGUAUAACUACAGAUAGAAGCUGCGGAGUAAGCUGUUGCAGCUAUUGGAAAAAACGAUCAAGAAAGACGCUUUUCGCAAAAGGUUCCUGCGCUGUAUAAUGUAGAAACUGCGGCAAGUGCAAAAGUAUUCCAGCUAAAAUAGUGCGCUUCUCUUUCUGAUUUCUUAGAGCUUUUCUUUCUGAUUUCUUCGAGCUUUUCUUUGGGUUUCUAUGUGCAGAAUGAAUAUUGAGAAGCAAUAGGCUUUGCACUCCAGCGCCUAGAGCUACUUCAACGAGCUGGAAAAUCUCUAAUAUAUGGCGUUGCGGUUGCUCUGCGAGAGACAACGAGGAGGGCGCCGCCGUGUUUUUUAUGCAGAUAAUUGCUGGCGUUCCAGACACUUUUUUGAUCAAAUGCAAAGGAAAGCUCUGCUCUUUGACACCUUUUUUGAGAGCAAAAGUAGUGACUUUCGUUCCUUCGUCGGUGGUUUUUGUUGAUGUGUAGUUGCUUUGAAAGUGUUGUCGGAGAUCUUUUUUUGGAUGAGAAAUGAUGACUUUGAAAGAGUUGCAAAAUCAUCAUUUUGGAUUAAAUCCCAGAAGUUAAGGUUUUGAAACCUUAGCCUAAGGUUUUGAAACCUUAACCUAAGGUUUUGAAACCUUAGCCUAAGGUUUCAAAACCUUAGGUUAAGGUUUCAAAACCUUAACUUCUGGGAUUUAAUCCAAAAUGAUGAUUUUUGCAUCUUCUGAAAAUCAUCAGAUUUGAUCGCAAAGUGAACAACUCGCGAGGAUAAUUCACAUUGAUUUCAUGCCAAUUCAACCUUCACCAUCAUCCCAAAGCCCGUAGCUGAGAGACAAUUUUCGCUUCAAAUCAUCUACUUCUGGUAGUCGUUUUCAACUUGUCGGAGAGCACCACACACUCUCCGACCACAGGAUGGCGCACACCUCCGUGACCGUCGCACAGACGGAAAAGGAGGUCCUCCUCUAUGACAAUCGUCAAAAAACCACCACCGAGAUCGGCAACUUCACCAUCAACACGUUCCAAAUUCCGGAUGAGCAUGGUGUGUUUGUGCGGCCGUUGACCCAGGCUAUCUUGGACGUCACGAAGAAACACAAACUAAACAGGGACUGUAAUCCCUUUCAAGUACUCAAAUUACAGACCGCCCUCCGGAUCGGAAGAUACACGGCAAAUGAUUGGAGUACAGCUUUUUUUUUGAUUUUUUGGUCUUUCGUGAACAUUUGUAAUGCAUAUGAAACUCUUUAGCUUUGCACUAUCAUCACGCAUGAGAUUCAAACUAUUAUAUCCCUCAGGAAUGAUUUUGGUCGACAACGGUCCCUCCGCCACUGCUGACAACAAGUGCGGGCGCUUGUCUGGUAACCACAGUCGCGAGGCUUUCGGCAACGUCGGACUCGCGACCGUCGAGCCGCUGAGCCUGAAAGUAUAGCGCGAUUUUCAUUUUCUUUUCUAUAUAGGAUAGGUUGCGUGUUUGUCUUGCAUACAUCUUAGUAUACAUGCCAUGCCAUUGAUUUUUCAUCAAUGAUUCUAUUUUCAUGCAAUACAAAGAUCAAGAUUAUGAAUAUCAAAACAAAACAGUGCGUCACUCUGCGCCACUCCCUGAGCGACCAUGUUGCGUUGGUCGAAAGAUUUAUCCAGAUUCGCAAUAUGGGAGAUGGAUUUCUUAAACCGACUGCAUUUUUUAUCUAUUUACUUUUGCUGCUUAUGGUAAUGGUUAUGAUUUUGUUUUUCGUCUCAAGUUGAAAUGCAAAUCUGUCAUGCAUAUGCUGUUAUACUUUGACUUUGACUUCGGUGUUCGUUUUGCUUUUUCGAAAGAGUAGUGAUAACGUUUCAGACGCGCACGCAUGUAGAGAGCAAAAGCAAAUGCAUAUCCGAUACAAGCACAAAGAAAUCAAAAAAUUAAAAACUGUGCAGUUUUUUGAACAACUGCAUGUGCUGAAGCCGUUGAAGGAAUCCUUUGCCACGUACAAGAAACAGUGCCAGGAGGCGAUGGCGAUCCCGUGUGGCAUCUUGGAGUACGCCCAGCGCCGCGUGGAAGGCAUCACGACCGGUGUUUGUGUGGAACAGACGCCGCACAUCGUGAAGCGCGAAAUCUUCGAGCCGUGGACGAUGACUGGUACCACCAUCCAUUGCGAGUUGCAUCCGGAUCAGCACGCGAACCUGUUUCCCCAGUUUAAAGUAUAUUUUUCUUUUUUAGCAUGAGCGUCAGUUCCAGUUGAUUUUGAUUAUGAUUUUAUUUAGGAAUUGGUAUUGGAAGCUGUAGGCUACAGAGUAAUAAGGACGACGAUGAGCAUGAGGUAGACGUAGAGCUAGAAUCUCGCACUCCUAUUCUCAGUUAUAUAGUUUUUGUUUUGUUUUAGUUUGUGCUUUUUUUUCAGUCACAACACUCGCGACGUUGCUUCUAUGUCUAUGCUGAUUACGCAUGCAAUUGCACAUCUCCAACUACAUCUACAUCUACAGAACGAAUACGCUAAAUUCACGGGCCUCGACAUCGGUAGCCAGGCGUGCGACCUGUGGUGUGCCUGCUACAUCGAAAUAAAGUACGGCACCAAGCACAGCAUCUCCCAGGCCUUUGGCACGGAAAAGUUGAUGCUGCAGCAGGACCAGCUGAACUUGUGCCGCUUGUGCCAAGCGAACGCCAACGGUCACAUCAACGAAGUCGAGAAGGAUUUGGGCCUGGAUCUCAAGCCGGCCCAGAUGCGCGACAAGAACCCGAGCAACGAGGUCCGUAAGAAGAUCGUCCAGCUGUAUCAGAACUUCUCCGACUACAAGAAGCGGAUCACGGCGCCGCCCAAGAAGGAGAAGGAAGUGAAGGAGGAUGACAUGGACCUGUCGGAAGCGGAAGAAGAGAAAAACUGGGAAAAUAUAACGCCGGCGUCCGUGAAGCUCCUGACGCCCAAGGACGGUUUUGUGUUCAGGAGGGUCCUCGAGCCGAAACAACAACUCGAUCACGACACGUACACCAAGAAGGUUAUGCACUGCAAAAGUAUCGCACUCAUACCAGUAACUAGUUGUAGUGGCAGAUACGAUAUAAUGCAUGAGAUGAGCGCAUGAGUUUCGAAUUCGUAUUUAAAUUUGUAUUUGAUCUACAUUUAGAUUUAGAAAUGGAUUUUCAUUUUGGCUUGUUUCUGUGUUUGUCAUGCAAGACAUCGCAAACGCAGUUGCUGAUAGUGCGAUACUUUUGCAAUGCAUAAAAAUGCUGCCGGGCCUGAUCAUCAACAUGUACCUGAUGCGCAACGACCGCUUGCCGAACAUGGAGCUGGUGGCGAAGAGUCAUGGCGAACCCAUGCCGACGUACGGUUGGUCUGCGGGGCAGCGUGUCGCCAGCGACGACGGAAAGCAGCAGUUCUGGACCAUCACCACCUGGCACCAGCCCAGUGAGAACUGGAGCGAAAUCAUCAUGAAGAACUACGUGCCGCAGGGCUACCUGAUGCCGUUGACCGAGGAUGGGAGGUUAAGCGAAGACAUGGCGCGGCGCAAGCGCAUCGUCAAGCCGAAGCCGAUCGCCGAUGAUUCGAAGAAAAACAAGAACUCGUCCGAUGAGACCGGCGAGUCGAAGAAUGAGUCGGAGCUGGUCGAUCAAUCCGGUGACGCCAUCAUGCAGGACGCCGACAAUACCACUAACAACAACAACGCGGAUGUCGUCCCCGCCGACGAUAAGAACGCGGACAAGGAUAAGGCUUCCGGAGAUGAAGAAGAGGAAGAAGAAGAUGGUCCAGCGAAGAAAAAGGCCAAGAUGGGUAAGAAAGGAAAGGGUAAGAAAGGCAAAGGUAACAAGAAAAACGAUGAUAAGGACGUGGCCGACGACACCAAGAAGUCCAAGUCGAUGAAGAAGUCCAAGAUGGUGAGCUUCAAGCUGUCGCAGUCCUCCAUGCAGGGCCAGUCCGAGGAGCAGCAGAUUUCUGCGAAGGAGAAGCGGGAUAUCGAAAAGAAGGCCAGAUCCCCGCCGAGCAAGAAGCAAAAGCAGGAUGACGAAUCCCAGGUGGAGCGCAUCGCCGCUGGUGUGAACAACGGCGCCGAGUUGGCGAAGCACCUUGCUGCUUCUGAUGUACUACAUAACAUGUUUGCGUUUUUGCGUUUUGGAUCAUGUGCUUCUACUUCAACAUUUGAUUUGGAUUUUCGUAUUCGUAUUCUAAAACCUGAGCUAAGGUUUCAAGCCCUUAGGUUAAGGCUUCAAAGCCUUAACUUCUGGGAUUUAAUCCGAAAUGAUGACAGAGACAAACCAAAACCCAACUCCUCUUACUCAUGACAUAAAACUAAAACUCAGCGUCAUAAUCAGGGUGCUGAGAUCGCUACGACCAACCACGUCAUCGACACCAUCUGCGACAUCGGUUUUCGCUACAUCGAGCUGAGCGAUUUCUUGAAGUACGAGUCGAUCCGGCUCGAGCUGGAAGAGAAGCCGUUGCUCUAUGAAGAAAAGAAGGACCCGGAUGCGGACCACGUCGUCAUCAACACGAUCCGCGUUUUGGAGCCGUACAAGGAAGCGAUCGGAACUUUGAUCAAGGAUAGCGCGCGCCGCGUGAAGGCCGGUGAUGACGCUGAAAAGGCCAUCAAAAAAGCCGCUGAUGCCAAGAAGGCCAAGGAACACGAGGAGAGCCUGUACAAAAUGACGAUCGAGUACUUGAAGGACAAAUCCAACGUUAGUCCGGCGUGGUUCAAGGUCCGCGAGAUCGCCAAGGCUGACUACGUGAAGUACCCGAAGGUCGAGAAGGAUAAGCCGCAGAUUGAUGAGGAGAAGAAAGACAAGAAGGAUGACAAAAAGGAGAAGAAGAAGGAUAAGAAGUCCAAAAAGGAGGCGGUGGAGCCGGCCUCGGGGAAGUUGCGCGACCUCAUCAAGUUGCGUUCGGAGUUCCGCCUCUGCAAACAGUUUUACAACCUCGGAGACGAGGAGAUCAACAAUGGCGGCAAGUUUGUUUUGAACAAGCUGCGGCACCCGCAGAACGCGUUGUCGUUGGGCGGUAUGUACGAGUCGAUCUACGCGAAAGCGUUCCCGUGUCCGACCACGUGCGUUAAGUACAUGUGGAAGUAUACCGCCAAGACCGUGGCCCCCGGUGCCGCGAAGACCAGCCAGGAGUCCACUGAUGCCAAUCCGGUGGAUGACGAAUUCUCCGAGAUGAUUAAACUCGUCGACGUCGAGAUUCCCAUGGGCCCCGGCGCGACCGGUCCCUGCGAGGCCACUGGUGAGUACAGCCGGCAGUUCUUGACCGUCAAGAUGCCCGUCCGCGCGUCCGACGACCUCGCGUACGAGCGCAACGUCAAGAAGUACAAGCGUGACUUCCAGCAGAUGCAGGAUGAUUUGAGCGAGUUCUUUGACGGAGAUAAUGACGACGAAUACGCGAACAAUGUCUCCUCGUCCGACUCCGACUCGUCGUCUUCCGAGGAAGAGGAGGCUAGCUAAACUACUUCAACGUGAGAAGUGAAUGAGAAUGAAUAUACAAAGUGAAAGGAAAAACUACUUCUAUUUUCAUAGUUUUAGUUACAGCGAGUGCUAGUGACAUAGAGUCUACAACUACACGCACAACUACCAGCACCACCACAAUCAAAAUUAAAAAGAAAAGCUCAGGAGGCUUGUUCUAAUCGGAAGAGUAGCAGCAUUAUAGACGACAAGAAUCAGUGAAGACCGUUUCUCUACUUUCUAACUCUAUUAAAAAAUAGGUUUAGAAACAGCUGUCUGGAGCAAUGCUUGUCCUCUCGGUCUUGCAGUUGCAACCUUUACUCAGCUCCUUGCAUUCGAUGUCCUUGCUUAUCGGUUUCUUCCUAAUAGUAACCACGCCAAAACUUCCAUUAUAGUUUUGCUUUGUACGAUGAGAAUACAAAUACUAAUACUGUAGGAGCCGAGACUCAAGCACAAUCGGCGGGCAAUGUGUUAGCAUUUAGCUUCAUACCUGUAUCCUAUGCCAUUUGGAUCUGCUUUUCCCAGUCCGGAGUUUUUGCGUGUGCUGCUGUUGCCGCGCUCGUACUUGCUCGGACACGGCGUCAACCUAUCACCGCGUCGCUGUAUCAGAUUUGUGGUUUCGACUAUCACCGUUGCGCCUCUGUUGCGAUGGAGAUAGUCACCGUCAUUUGUGCAUGACCGUUGAAAGAGUUGCUGUAGGUCCCGGUCGCAUUUACCUGAUGGGGCGUAUGAAGUAGUCAGGCUAUAAAUAGUUUUUUCAUCGUUUCGAUAUCAAGGAUAGUAAAAUUAUAAAUUGAAGUAUGAAUAUCGGAACUGAUGCUAAGAUCUGUCAUGUCGGUUCGAGUUUGAUUGUUGAAUCCCAGCAUCGCUCGAGCUUCCUCUUCUCUUUCGCUGUCGCGCGGUGAUACUUGGGUUUAUUUUUACUUCCACACUACGACUACCAGAUCCAGAACCAGUAGCAGUACCAGUACGACAAUAGCGAUUAUUUUCAUUUUUAUAGUAAACAAGAAGCACGCGGAAGCUGAGAUGUGCAUGAAACUAGAACAGCAACAAUCAUAGGGCAUAAAGAUAAAACGCAACAGCUUUUGUUUCGCACUGUCAUGAGUCAAGCUAUAUGAACGAAAACGAAAGUGCGCUUGCGCCAACGCCUCAUGUCGUUUCUAGAUACAUGCUGAUAAAACAAAUUGAAUACCUGCUCUCUGCUCCAAAAUGUUUACUGUAUCGCGAAGGGGAUGGGGAGGCCCGGCUUGGUCGUGGUUGUGCUGCUCGUUGAUGAUGUCGCGAGGUAUGACGGUUUGCGUAUUUCUUGCGUAGGACUGGCUGCCCACGUGAUCAUCGGCUUGCUGAGUUUCGCUUCCAAGCUGUAGGUCGCAGCUCUAUGCUUCAACUCGUCGGCAAAUCUGUUUCGAUUUGAUUUUUUGUGAAAGUCAAUCUAAAUGAAAAUAAAAUCAGGAAGUUGAGGUACGAAAAUAGUUAUAAUUUUAUGAAGAGAUCGAUUGUGAAAAAUAAAAAUUAAAAUAGUUUUAUUUGAAGAACUACAUGAAAAAAAGCUUCCGGGUCGUUCUACAUAAAAAAGAAAGUCAAAUCAUUUAGAAUGAAAUUUUCUCUCGAGAUGAAAAGCGUGCGAGUGGUUGUUGUCAUUGAAUUUGACUUUCAAAAUCAAACUCUGCCUCACACAGAAUGUCUUCAAUAUCUCUAUUUAUUGUGGAACUACGCGAAGCAUCACAAACAGUAAUAGAAACAACAGCGAGCACAAGAACAAUCAGACUAGCACUGAGCCUGGCCAAUUCGUUACUUCGAUUGUUUCUAGGGAAGUGAACGUGAUAGCUGCGACUGAGAACUUAAAAGAAUCAUGACUCUCGAUACAAUUGAAGUGCGUGGAUGUUGAAGUCUUCUACUUUUUUUACUGCCAGCACCUUCCCCGUGUUUGUGCCGGUAGGUUUAAAUUUGCCGCAGCUUCGAUUCCACUAUGCUCACCUUUACCAGUGUAACCAAACAAUUUUCCAUCUGCCCUGCAUCUUCCACUACGUGCACGUGCCUCCGCAUCGAUGCAAAGGUAGGGGGUUGAUUUCAAUCAUGUCUACUGCGUGCGAACUACUGCCUUCUUCUCUUUUAUCAAGGAGGGGCAAUCUAAAAUAUGAAACGCAGCGACUUUUGAACCUUAAAGCCCCUACCGGAUUAUACAAAAAAUUCCCUGCAACUAUGAUUCGCCUGUAGAUCACAGAAUUUGAUUCUCACGCACUCUUUGUUUUGUGGUGCUGGUGACGGUCGGAGUGUCUGUCUUCACUACAUGUCAAUUGGCGUGGAAGAAGUCACAUCGGUCUGCACUGCUGUCGCUUGUUUGUCUUUCUGGUAAACAUGCGCGUCGCGGUUCGGGUUCGCUUUGAUCACCAGUAUCGUUUUCCAGCUACACUUCCUUAGCCAAGUACAUCACCGCUAGCGUUGAGUGUGAGUAUGUGCAUGCGAAGCAAAUAGUGAUGAUAAUGAUAUGAAAACACUUUGGAGAGAUGAUAAUGUUUUUGAUAUCACAUGGCGUGUCCGAUAUCACUACUGCAUAGCCUAAGUAUCACUGCCAACCAAAGUCGAGGUCGAUUACUACACAGAAUGCAAGGAAUGUAGCCCAUUCUGAUUUACCACUUAUUUUCUCCACUUGAGAUUGAUAUUGAAUGACAACGCGAACGUGAUUAAGCGUGGACUGUUUUUAGCAGAAUCUCCGUGCUGCUCCUGCUGAGGUUGUCGUUGAUGCAGUUGAUGACGCGUGAGGUCACUUCACACUCAGAUUCAUGCACUCAAGUGGUUGCACUAGUUGCUACGGGGAAUCAAAUGACGGCGGUCGUUGCCUGCAUGUUUUUUGCCCACUUCGCUGGAGCUGAAAGACCUGGUGUUCAUUCUUGAUGAUUUCCCUUUUAUUGUCGGCGCCGGAGACUGAUGCACAAGCUCAAGCACAGCUACUGCUACAGGCACAGCCACAUCUCAAGCUAGUGUAGCAUUUGCAGUAGUAUGAAAAUGAAAAUCAAAAGCGAAACAAGAGUUCCAAGAAUACGAAUGGCCAGAGUCAGGGUAGCGGCAGACCCUUCUGAAAGAUGAGAAGAGCGCGAAAGUACCUUCGCGAUCAGAUCACGCAAAAUAUUUAAAUUUGCGUUGAGCUUGAGCCUGAGACUCAGACUCAUCACUCAGUGGAUCGGAAAAUAAAAAUCAAAAUGCCAACAGAAAAUCAAAAGCGUGCCCCAACUGACUGCACAAACCCAAAUACUUCAGGGCGUUGUAUGCUUGACCACUUGCAGUUCAUAAAAUUCACACAUCACAGCUUUGACUCUGUUGCCUUUCCGCAUCUUUUAUUGAUACUGUAACUGCGGCAAUUUUUUCGCAAUUGCACUUUCUAGAAAAAAACUUCCGGUAGUUCGCGGCUCCACUUGCCAAAAAAAAUGUCCCGCCACCCGAAGUCUGACGACAUCGCGGACUUCAUGGAGAAGUUCACAAAGGUCGACGCCCCGAAAAUCCCCAUCGAGGCCUUGGUUGCUGCCGAGGGCCGCAAGGUCAACGCGAAACAUUCCGAGGACCACUUGAAGACCAUUGCUCUCAACAUGGAGGGCCCUGUCAUGAAGUCCAUGGACGGCAAACACAGCGUCGACAUCGGUGACGACCCGGACAUGUUGGCGAUGUGCGCGAUCAUGGAAAAGUACUCGUCCGCGAUGAAGUUCACGCCCAACGACACGCCGUGCCACUUGGUGCCCAAAGCGGUGCCGUACUGGAAGAAGAUCGGCCCCAAAGCCGUGAAGUUGGAGGGUUUCGUGCUUCCGGAUGACGUGGAUCCGAAGCGGAAGGGAUUGUCCAUCAACGUGACACUCGUGGUGCUGUUUUUUGUUGUGCAUAUGUGUCAGCAUUUGUAGACAUGCACGAAUAUCAAUAUGAAUGAAGUUGAGCUGCGUGCUUUCAUGUAUAGCAAAGCCAAAUGGAGACGAGAAUUAAAAUGAUACUCAAACCCUGCGCAUCCACUUCAACUUCAGUUGCAAAAUGAAAAAGAUUAAAAAUUACGUUCAGGCCGACGAAGAUAUUGUGAACAACGCCCCGGACUUGGUCGGUGUCGUGAAGAACGAUGACGGAGAGUGGGAGCGCAAGGAGGAGUCCAAAGCCAAGGCCUCUUCAUCGUCAUCUUCGGCGCCGAAGAGCAAGAAGAAAUCCAAGUGAUGUGAUCGUGGUUGAUAACGAUAUGGGAAGGAAAAGCGUUUGCGUGACACUUGAUCGACACUACAAGCAAUGAGAGACACGUUAUCUAUGACGCAGCUACUGCUGUAUGUUUAGGUUUAAGUUGAUCCUUCGUUUCUUGUGCGGUAUAGACGUAUGCGCUCAAGCUCUUCGUUGAAUGUUGAUGAUGUUUUUACUUUCCUCUCAUUGUCAUGACAUGCACGUUGUAGAGGUACAUUUACAUUUCGACCACUGUUUUGAGCUCGAUGCUGAGUCAGAAUUCCUUCUAUGUUGACAAUCAACAUCAUUAUCAUGAAUGUAACUGCAAGUGGACAUAAGCAAAACCAAAACGCGUUCAGAUGGCGUAGAAACAUCACAAGAGCUGCCUCGAUUGCCGACACAUAUGUUUUUUCACUCCGUCAAAUCAUACUCUUCAACAUUGCGAAAAAGAUAGCCGAUCACGUGUCACGAUCAAACGAAAGAUCACAUAUCUGGUCCAGAAAUUGUCGCGCGCUGUGGAUAGAUCUACACGAGGGGAUCAAUCCGGGGGAGUGGGCAUCCCUUAUUAACCCACGGCGAUCGACUGUUCAUGCAAGGAGAAACAAUGCAAAUUCGGUCAAAGUUUUUUGUUUUUUUUUCGAAAAAGUCGGCGUGCGACCUUUCAAAUCCAAGAUCUAUCCGUGAUAAAUCCGGAUCUAUCCGAGACAUGUAUCAGAUCUAUCCUAAAUAGUUAAGGAUUACAGUCAUUAACUUUAUAUUUACUUUUUCGCCCUUCAUUCCCCCCAACGACUUCCUGGCCGUCUUAGCGAUAAUAGUGGCCGACAUCAGAAGAAGCAGGGGGCUACUUUGCUUUUUGCUAAGCGCUGCAAAACCAGCGAGCCGAGCGAAACGCCAGCUGACUGCGCUCUUUCGGGAAAAACUACAUAAAAUAGAAAAAGCGCCACAGCGUGGGCGAUGUCUGUUUCGCUUGCUACUAAGUAGCAUCUACUCGAAGCGAGACCGCGUCUGGCGCUGUAAUCUUAAAAAAGAAAGGAAUGGCGCAGAAUGCGCCGUAGCAUUGGCGUUCAGUUUCGGACGGAGGGUUCGCGAUAAAAAGCCCCCCGAUUUCGAGAAGGGGGGCGUGGGGGGGUAAGGUCGGUCAGAAUCCGGACUCGGGGGGGCUUCUCGGUAUCGAGAAGGGGGUCGAUUAAUCGUGCAGGCUCUUACAGAAAGAAGGCAUUUGUAAUGUGGAUUCGGCAUCGGGAUAAGUACCUGCUCGGAAUCUGGGAUGCUAGCGCUUGCAUGUUGCCCAGAUCGGGUCUGGGCUAGGCAAAAACCGCAUCGCAAAGGUCUGCACUCUACUUUCAGACCCAGACACUUUUGCAUUUGAUAGUGGAACAGCACGACCUGGAGCAAGAGGUGGUCGCCGUGGCUGACAGCGACAAGGAGAAGACCAGGAGCAAUUCGGGUUUAUUCCGCCCCCCGUCGGGCCAGCAACUGGAAGAAUUUCUGGCCGCGGAAGGUGGACAAAAAGAUGCGGAGCAACCUUCUCCACAACUCGACGCAGGAGGACAACAUGGUGUUGCUAGUACCCCGUUCUUUCAAGUAGACCGGCCUUCUACUACCGUGGCACGAUCUCUACGUGAACUAGUGCUGCAAAAGGCGCACCAGCAGGAGCAGGCAAUGUUUUUGCAGCAGGAGCGCCCUCCGCCAAAAAGGGAACAAGAUCUUCAUCCCGCAGAUGAGCGUGACUUUCUUCGGUCCAGUUUUACUUUCUCUGGCGAACAAACGCUGAGGAGUAGAUAUCCUGUGCAAAAGUAUCGCACUCGUCGUAGUAAUUGCAGUCAUGGAUUACAAAUUUUUUUCGAAAGGUAAAUCCGCAUGAUAAAUUUUAAUGUGAUGCAUUUAUACGACGAGUACGAUACUUUUGCAAUGCAUAAUAGACGACCUCCGACGAUUCCGGGGGUGCUUCCAACGUCGAUUCAGAUGCCGUUUUUACCGCGGAAGCGCUCUCGGUCGGUACUAUCACGCGGUAGUUCCAUUGCAGCAGCUUCUGAGUCAUCAUCUGCCGGGAGGACCAAGCAUGCGAAGCAUCACGAGGCGGGCGGCAACGGGGCGUUAGCAGUGCUAAUGCAAGAGCAUGCGGAGAGCAGGGUAGAAUUUUAUAAUUACAUUACUGUAAUAUAAACUUUUUUAUUUCCCAUGAUGUCAUCAUAUUCAUGCUAGCUUCUCUCAGCGACAACGAAAUUCCGAGUUUCUGCAACAAGACUAUCUUCUCUGCCGCCGCCGGUCCUCAUCAACAUGGUGAAAACAGACCGAAGCGCAUGUGACUCUGAUGCUCACAAAAAAAAAAAUGCAAAACUAUGAGAAGGAUUCAGCGAUUCAAAAGUAGCGGAUUCAAAAAUUUCUUUUCCUUGAAGAUGCAUGUCAUUUCUUUUUCCAAAAACGGUUUCCAUUUCGGCAGCAACGACGCGGAUUCAGGUAGCGGCGAAACCGAGAUCGGCGAUUUAUGCAAUUGAAAUAUCUAGGUCAGUCUCAACUUGAACUAGCUAAAUUGAUGUCAUUCCUAUUUCAUUUUUUGGUAGCAAAAAAUAAGGACUGUGCAGCUGCUCCGCCACAGAUUGUGCUGCUCCGCUCCCAAAGUACGUCGCCAAGCUGUCGCGGGGCCCCGUGCGGGGCCCCAGACAAACAGGGCGGCACUGCAGCUCCUUACUUUUUAUAGUUUGAUUUUUGAUGAUCAUGUGAAAUACUUCAACGAACUAUUUUCAUUUUUGGCAUGACAAAUGCAAAUGAUAAUCUAGUUCAAGUUGAGACUGACCUAGCUAUUUAAUUUCAUACCUUUUCUGGCGACGAUUCGGAAAGACAAAGAAAUCAUUGAAAAUUCAUGACAAAAAUGAUCAUAUUUUGUUUCAGGUUUUGAAGAUGCAAGAUGAAGGAUAAGAAAUUUUUGAAUUGCCUACUUUUGAAUCGCUGAAUCCAUCCCAUUACAAGAUUACAAGACUAAUAAUGAUCAUUAGCGCUAUUCUGGGCCUCAGGCCCCCCCUCAGGCCCCCCCUUAGGCCCCCCCUCAGGCCCCCCCUCGACCCCUAAGGCCCCCCCUGAGGCCCCCCCUCAGGCCCCCCCUGAGGCCAAAAAAGGCCCCCCCUAAGGCCCCCCCUGAGGCCCCCCCUGGGGCCCCCCCUUUUGCCCAAAGGGGGGGGGUUAGGCCCCCCCUUAGGCCCCCCCUUUUUUUCGUGUUCGCAGACGCCCAGAGCCAAAAAAGGCCCCCCCUAAGGCCCCCCCUGAGGCCCCCCCUAAGGCCCCCCCUGAGGCCCCCCCUUUUGCCCAAGGGCAAGGGGGGUGGGUUGGGCCCCCCCCCCCCCCUUAGGCCCCCUCUUUUUUUCGCGAGCGUUCGCAGACGUCUGCCCCAGAACAUAAAGCCAAGCAGAUCAUCGCCGACCAUUUCUCUGACGCAGGCAGCGACCGAACAAUCCCGGGCGGCGCCACGCGCUGUCUACCUUGGCUGGUCCGCCGGUUCUCAUUCUGAUUGCGGGCGGGGCCGCUUUGGUUUUGGACACAAUAAACAAAGUCACGAAGUGAGUCCUUGGCUUUGGCUUCAUAUUUUGGCUACCGCCCCGGCUUUGUCCUUUGAUUUUAAUUACUGGCGGGGCCGCUUCGGAAUGCAUGACACGCAUGCCCUGUAGCCCUCCUGGACAAUGCUAUGCGCUGCGCAGUCGAAGGCGCCGGCAAGGCUCUUCGGAAUGCUUUUCGUUUUCUACCGAAAAGCCGAACGGGAUACGAGGCCCUUCCUGAGGCCCCUCUAAGACCCCCCCUUUGGCCAGUCCGGAAGGGCCCUCGCUCCCUCGGGCGUUCUGCCCUGACGGUUUGCUUGCUUUGCUUGGAGGCCCGCUAAGCGAGCCCCGGCGCCGGCAAAUGCCCGAGCCUGAGGCCCCCCGGAAGGCCCCCCCGCUGGAACAGGAGCCCUGAGGCCCCCCGGAGGCCGCCCCGGAGGCCCCCCCCGGCAGAGGCCCCCCCGGAGGCCCCCCCUUUGGUCAGCCCGGAGGGGCCCUCCUGUCUUCUGCCCUGAAGCUUUGCUUGCUUUGCGUGAAGGCCCGCCGGGCGAGCCCCGGCGCCGGCCAAUGCCCGAGCCUGUGGCCCUAUUCAUUGACAGCCCUGAGGCAUCCCUGCGGCCCCCCCUACGGCCCCCCCCAAUGGCCCCCCCUAAGGCCCCCCCUUUGGCCAGCCCGGAAGGGCCCUCGCUCCCUUGGGCCUUCUGCCCUGAAGUUUUGCUUGCUUUGCUUGAAGGCCUGCCAAGCGAGCCCCGGCGCCGGCACUCACAUGCCCGAGCCGGAGGCCCCCCGCAAAGCCCCCCCGAACAGAAGCCCUGGGCCCCCCCCAUGGCCGCCCCGGGGGCCCCCCCCCGAAGGCCCCCCCUGUGGUCAGCCCGGGAGGGCCCUCGUGUCUUCUGCCCGGAAGCUUUGUGUGCUUUGCGUGAAGGCCCGGCCCGCCAAGCGAGCCCCGGCGCGCGCCGGCAAAUGCCCGAGCCUGCGGCCCUAUUGAUGACAGCCGUGAGGCCUCCCGCAUGGGCCCCCCCCCCAAGGCCCCCCCUGAGGCCCCCCCUUUGGCCCCCCCUUUGGCCCUCGCUCCCUCGGGCCUUCUGCCCUGAGGCUUUGCUUGCUUUGCUUGAAGGGCUGCCAAGCGAGCCCCGGCGCCGGCACAUGCCCGAGCCUGGGGCCCCCCGCAAAGCCCCCCCGAACAGAAGCCCUGCGGCCCCCCGGAGGCCGCCCCGGAGGCCCCCCCUCGCCCUGCCCAGGCCCCCCCUUUGGCCAGCCCGGAAGGGCCCUCGUGUUUUCUGCCCUGAAGCUUUGCUUGCUUUGCGGGAAGGCCCGCCAAGCGAGCCCCGGCGCCGGCCAAUGCCCGAGCCUGUGGCCCUAUUGACAGCCCUGAGGCCCCCCCUAAGGCCCCCCCUGAGGCCCCCCCUAAGGCCCCCCCUAAGGCCCCCCCUAAGGCCCCCCCUGAGGCCCCCCCUGAGGCCCCCCCUUUGGGCAGCCCGGCAGGGCCCUCACCCCCUCGGGCCUUCUGCCCUGGUGCUUUGCUCGCUUUGCUUGAAGGCCUGCCAGGCGAGCCCCGGCGCCGCCACAUUCCCGAGCCAGCCCGAGGCCCCCCGCCCGCAAAGCCCCCCCGAGCCGAAGCCUUGAGGCCGCCCCGGAGGCCCCCCCUAAAGCCCCCCCCUUUGGCCAACCCGGAAGGGCCCUCGUGUCUUCUGCCCUGAAGCUUUGUUCGCUUUGCGUGAAGGCCCGCCAAGCGGGCCCCGGCGCCGGAAAAUGCCCGAGCGGGCGGCCCUAUUGACAGCCCGGGGGCCCCGCCAAAGGCCCCCCUAGGGCCCCCCUUGAGGCCCCCCCUUUGGCCAGCCCGGAACCCCUCGCGCCCUCGGGCCUUCUGCCCUGAAGCUUCCCUCUGCUUGAAGGCCUGCCAAGCGAGCCCCGGCGCCGGCUCAAUCAUGCUUGAGCCGGAGGCCCCCCGCAAAACCCCCCCGAUGGAACAGAAGCCCUGCGGCCCCCCUGCGGCCGCCCCGAAGGCCCCCCCCCGCCCGGCCGAGGCCCCCCCCUCUGGCCAGCCCGGAAGGGCCCUCCCUGUCUCGCUCCCUCGGGCCUUCUGCCCUGGAACUUUGCUUGCUUUGCUUGAGGGCCCGCCAAGCGAGCCCCGGCGCCGGCAAACGCCCGAGCCUGAGGCCCUCAUGACAGCCCGGAGACCCCCCCUAAGGCCCCCCCGAAGGCCCCCCCGGAGGCCCCCCCCGAGGUCCCCCCCGGAGGCCCCCCUAAGGCCCGCCCGGAAGGGCCCUCGCUCACUCGGGCCUUCUGCCCUGACGCUUUGCUUGCUUUGCUUGAAGGCCCGCAGAGCGAGCCCCGGCGCCGGCAGAUGCCCGGGCCUGAGGCCCCCCGCGAGGCCCGCCCGAACAGAAGCCCCGGGGGCCCCCCCGACCGAGGCCCCCCCCAUUGGCCGGGCCGGGCGGGCCCUCGCUCCCUCUCCCGGGCUUUCUGCCCUGAGCCUUUGCUUGCUUUGCGUGAAGGCCCGCCAAGCAAGCCCCUGCGCCGGCCAAUGCCCGAGCCUGAGGCCCUACCGGCAGCCCUGCGGCCCCCGGGGGGAAGGCCGCCCCGGAGGCCCCCUCUAAGGCCCCCCCUUUGGCUAGCCCGGAAGGGACCUCGCUCCCCCGGGCCUUCUGCCCUGGAGCUUUGCCUGCUUUGCUUGAAGGCCCGCCAAGCGAGCCCCGGCGCCGGCUUCUUUUGCGUAGUUGCUGGGCGGAGGGGCGCCAAAAGAUAUUUCUGCUUUUCUUUUGAGUUGGCACACGGCCAGAACGAAGCCCAACCACUUCGGCCCGCCCGUCCCUUGCCUUGGUGCGUUUUUACUCGGCCGCCGCCCCUCCAUCGCCCGGCCCCCCCCAUCGAUCGUCAUCCCGCGGCUGACGCCUUCGAUAGAUUAGCGCGCGCAUGAUCGGGCGCAGCAACUGAAGUCCCCACGCCCCGGAGGUGUUCUGGGUGUAGAAAUAGGGCCGGGCCACCACAGUACGAACGCAAAAGCCCGGCGAAUGUCUGCACCACGACACUCACUUGCCCCAUCGCCGGGGCCGCAUGAUCAGCGGGGCCGCUUCGCAGUGUUGUUAGGUAGUUUAUCACGCACCGGAGACGGCGCCUCGACUUGCCUGAGCCUUUGGGUCGCCACAUUUCCGCUCCGCUUCCGCUGUGCAGGUGUCAGAAGGCCUGUCGGCUUCUUACUUCAGAGCUGGCAGGCAGCUGCUCUGUGUGUACCCGAGGCGCCUUUCUGCUUUCUGUCUACAGCUGCUGCCCCUACAACUUUAUGUAGCGCGCGCACUGAUCUCCUGUCGCGCUACUCUUCCUGAGCGCUACCCCUGCCCCGCCCUUCCUCCUUCCCAGGAAGCCCAGCCCAACAAUCCUAAUGAUCAUGCUUAUGCAAAAAAAUCAAGUUCAAGAAAGGGUCGCCCUUCAGGGCGACCCGUUUUCUUGUAAAAACUAACACAGCGUCAACUUGCCCCCCCCUCUGGUGACGAGCACCCGAUGAUAUGCAGUGCAAAAGCAUCGUACUAGUAUAAAUUGCAUUACAAAUAAUUAGCUCAGCACUACAAGUGAAAUUUGUAAAUGCUGUUUUGCCUGAGGAAAGAGAUUUGUCAUGCAUAAGAGCAAUUACUACGAGUGCGAUACUUUUGCAGUUCAUAGAUGAUUGCCGCUAGCCAAAUUGCCUUCACCCGGAUGCUAACCCCGAUUGAAGAGGAACAGGAAAGCCUACGACUGUCACUGAUGCCAUUUUUCCAACAUCAGGAGGACAAGAACCCGGUUGCUCUGGAACAACAUCAAAGCGGAAAUAUUAUGGCGGCGGGAUCUACUUCGGCAUCUUCACCUUGGUCGGCAGCAGGUGCGACGACUGCAAGCGAAGUGCACCAUCUCCAACGCGACGGCACUUCUCGUCCACCAACCUUGAUCGGCUCCUAUCAAAUGCAAAUAUGUCUGGGUCUGGAAAGUUGUGAUGCAGGUCACUCAAUAAUAAGGACACUGUAAUGCGCCGCCAAGCAUGACAAGUUUUUUCAUGCUUCUGUGUUGCGUAUUCCGCAUGAGAAACUGCGUGUUUGCAUGACAGGCAAGAGGAGCUCUUGGUUGCCACGCAAUACAGAUCCCAUGAGUCAUGCCAGACUAGCAUUACAAAUCUCGCAAUCUCCCAGACAUGAUCCAGGGAUAUUUGCAAUCCAUAGCUCCGCUUCGACUGCCAUUGACCGCAUGCUGUCGUCCCGUCGGGCCGCGGCCGGGUUUUUACUUUCCGCGCAAGGAGGUGAUUGUACUAAAACAAGCUCAUUUUCUUGUCCGGAAGUCGAAGCUCCUUUUGAUGUCUCGACGUCCACCUCUUCCACUUCAUCGUUUUCUUCUUCACCGCAGCUGCAAACCAUGAAGAACACAGACGGCAAAGAACGGAGCAGUUGUCCGAGUAGCAAGAAGGCUUUCAUCUCUUCGAAUUCUGUCCCGGACCAUGCUGGUGCAACCGCAAGACACGAACGAAUCAUGAAGGGAGCAAGAACUUUUAUCAGAGCUGCAACUGUGAUGAACAACGACAACGAGGACGAUUUUGGCGCAGAAGGUGAACAACAAGGGCAAGAACAUGAGGACCAAACCUCAAGCCUAAUGCGGCGGAGUAAAAACUUUACUUCUUCUUUCGGAUUUUUGGAGCGCUGGGUAAGCAGGGAACGCCACCCGGAUGAAGAUAAAGAUUGCCAGGCACUAUUUUUUCCUCUGCUGCAGGUGCAGCCGGUUGCGAUCAAACUAGGAGGCUAUUGAUCAGGAUCGAACAUCUUCACUCGAUCGAAUUUCAAUUUGUAUGUAUGUAAAUAAACUUAGUUUCAGUUUCGGAAGUGACCUAACAAGACAGUAGCAGUACGCAAAAGCAAAUAUUCUAAAACGAGCUGUGAACUACGAAUAGUAACCUCAAAAAAUACGUGUGUGGACAUUGCACCCGUGUUAUUACAGUGAAAAGUGCCCGCCACCCCCAAAGUUGCAAAAAUUUGUGAUGCGAAGUUUCCAAAUGAAAACUUUUUGUCAUGCAUGAAAGCAGUAUGAAUCUUUCUGAUGCAGAUUCUAGUGUUGUUUCGCAUCGCUUGCAUGACAAGCACCGCUCUUGCUGGGAUCUUUUGCAAUACAAAUUUUUGCUAUUCGCGAUCGGGAAUCUGUGAUGCUGAUACAUUCAAGAGGGCGAGUGUUUCAUUUGGAAAGGUUUGCAAUACAAAUGCUUUCAAGUUCGGGGGUGGGGGCAUUUUUUAUUGCAAUACGUGUGAUCCAGAUCGAACCCGUCCACGCAAGUGGAAAACUUUUCAUCCAUUAGUAUAAAGAGAUGAAGAGCAAUGCUAUAAUAUACAACUUUUCUUUUGGCAGAUCAAGCGCUUCUACGGAAUCAGAUUCUGUAGAACUUUACCGAUCGCCAUCGCUUUUUGGUUUUAAUAAAUAGUAAUAGAAGCUUACUAUAGAGGUUUCCUCCUCCUCCUUUUAAUAAAUAGUAAUAGACAACGCUUUAGCUUUUUCCCGCCCCCCAUUUCUCCGCUCCACAAGCUGAGUGUGACGUGGGAAGUAGCCAUCAAAGGGAUAAUUUAAGCCAAGUAGUAGUAACGCGCCAUAUUUGAAGAAGAAAAUAUUAUUAUUACCACACCCAGCCGCGCAACUUGUGCUGCAGGGAACUUAUUUCCAAAAGGCACAAAAUCCCAAGAAGAAGCAAGAAGUGGAAGUAAACGAUAAAAAAAAACCGAUCGAGUUUCGAAAAAAUAGUGCGACGGAAGCAAUCUAUUAUUUCGUCCUGUGCAUAUCGCUGGAAGGCCGCUGUGCUGCGAGGGGGCGAAGUAUUUUUAAACCAGGUUGACGAUGGUUGUGCCAGGAACAACUAUAUGGUGGAUAGUACUAAAAAUGCAACAGCUUCAGCUACGUCUUCUUGUUUCUCGGGCAGCUGCAACGGGGGUACAAAUUCAACGAAGGUCGACCAGCACUCAUCAUUGAAACAACUUGAACAGCAGGAACCACGUCCCAGCUCUGGCUCUGGGUCGUCGGUCUUCUUUGCCCCCUCCGGGAGGUCCGGAUCCAGAACACCACCGCGGCCAGGGAAACGCAGGGCUGUUUGGAGUGGUUCGGCAAAAAAUACAACAGGAGUUCUUGAUGAGUUUUCAGAGCCAGGAAGUGGAAGACUUAGAAAUUUGAAGGAUGGACGUUCUCAGCGGGUGACAAAAAGAAGAGGAUAUUGCAUGUUCUACCCCUUUGCACAUGCCACCAGACACACCAAAGGAAAGAUUCUCGAGUAAUAUUCACCAUGCGGCGCAUUGCGGGGAGCAUCCGAGUUGGGUCGCGAAUCAACAAACAGGGAGGAAGAAAAGGAGAAAGAAAAGAAAAGGGAGAAUAGGAGUAGAAUUAGCAUGAGUGCGCUACGAUAGAAGGACAGCUACAAGUUGACAGCUUAUACGUCAGCCUGAGGAUCAAGUAGCUUUCAGAUGCAAGCUCAGUGUAGCUCGGGCGACUGUGUUUGAAAAGUGUAAAUCUUGGCUCAAGGGCACGCUCAUGCAGAUAGAGGGACACUUUUGGACAAAGACAAAAACGGAAACUAAAAUACUAAAACUCGCCACGUUCACUUCAAAUUUAGAUGAGAAAGCCAAUCUACAACGCAGAUCCGUUCCGGGGAAUAAAGUGCGUAGGUCUUUUGUAAAUUGCAAGCGAUCUCCGAGUAGGAUAGUGGUAAUUGUCAUGCAAAAUGGGAACGGAUUAUGGGUAGAUGUAAGUUCGCUUUUUCAACAAUGAGCACGUAGAAGUCAUUACACGCAGGAGCUGAAGAAGAGUAGUGGUCUAGACUCGAAUCCGUUCGUUAACAGCUCUCGGGUGUACUGCGGAAAAAGUUCUAUAGUAGAUGUCGCUUGAAAAAUUAGAAAACUCCCCACGCAGACAAGUAGCUUCUAACCUUUUCCAAAGCAGUAAUCUUGCGCUAAAAGAUAUCACGGUAGGCAAGCUAAACCACACGAAAGGCAAAAACUUUUUCAGAGCCAGGAAGUGGAAGACUUAGAAAUUUGAAGGAUGGACGUUCUCAGCGGGUGACAAAAAGAAGAGGAUAUUGCAUGUUCUACCCCUUUGUACAUGCCACCAGACACACCAAAGGAAAGAUUCUCGAGUAAUAUUCACCAUGCGGCGCAUUGCGGGGAGCAUCCGAGUUGGGUCGCGAAUCAACAAACAGGGAGGAAGAAAAGGAGAAAGAAAAGAAAAGGGAGAAUAGGAGUAGAAUUAGCAUGAGUGCGCUACGAUAGAAGGACAGCUACAAGUUGACAGCUUAUACGUCAGCCUGAGGAUCAAGUAGCUUUCAGAUGCAAGCUCAGUGUAGCUCGGGCGACUGUGUUUGAAAAGUGUAAAUCUUGGCUCAAGGGCACGCUCAUGCAGAUAGAGGGACACUUUUGGACAAAGACAAAAACGGAAACUAAAAUACUAAAACUCGCCACGUUCACUUCAAAUUUAGAUGAGAAAGCCAAUCUACAACGCAGAUCCGUUCCGGGGAAUAAAGUGCGUAGGUCUUUUGUAAAUUGCAAGCGAUCUCCGAGUAGGAUAGUGGUAAUUGUCAUGCAAAAUGGGAACGGAUUAUGGGUAGAUGUAAGUUCGCUUUUUCAACAAUGAGCACGUAGAAGUCAUUACACGCAGGAGCUGAAGAAGAGUAGUGGUCUAGACUCGAAUCCGUUCGUUAACAGCUCUCGGGUGUACUGCGGAAAAAGUUCUAUAGUAGAUGUCGCUUGAAAAAUUAGAAAACUCCCCACGCAGACAAGUAGCUUCUAACCUUUUCCAAAGCAGUAAUCUUGCGCUAAAAGAUAUCACGGUAGGCAAGCUAAACCACACGAAAGGCAAAAACUUUUUCAGAGCCAGGAAGUGGAAGACUUAGAAAUUUGAAGGAUGGACGUUCUCAGCGGGUGACAAAAAGAAGAGGAUAUUGCAUGUUCUACCCCUUUGUACAUGCCACCAGACAUACCAAAGGAAAGAUUCUCGAGUAA